AUGACACAGCUUAAGCUCGUAGCGUGUGGUGAUGGUGCUAUAGGCAAGACAAGUAUGCUUGUGUGUUAUGCAAAGAAUGAGUUUCCGGAGGACUAUGUUCCCACUGUCUUUGAUAACUACAGUGCUUCUGUGAUGAUCAAAACUGUUGAGAUUAAAGUUCAAUUUUGGGAUACUGCAGGACAAGAAGAAUAUGAGAGUAUACGACCCUUGUCGUACCCAUCUACUGAUAUCUUCUUGUUGUGUUUCAGUGUCGUCCAACCCGUCUCGUUAACAAAUGUUGCUGAAAAGUGGUUUCCCGAAGUGAAAAAACAUUGUCCUUCAAGCAAAAUAGCUAUUGUUGGCUUGAAGAUUGAUUUGCGAGAGAGUACCGAACAAGUCGAGUUGUUGCGAAGUAAAGGACAACAGCCCGUUGUGAUCAAAGACGUCGAGGAGUUUGUGAAAGAAAAACAAAUUCAGUGUAAUGGCAUUUUCGAAUGCUCGGCAAAGACAAAGGUCGGCCUCAAAGAGACGAUUGAAAGUGCGGUGAAGUUGUGUGUGCCAGAGGAAAUGUUAAACCCAAGUGCCCCUGUAAGUACUAAAACUAUUGCACCAAAAAAGAAAAAAUGUGUUUUGUUUUAA